CAGCCCCGUUUCUCCCUUCCUUAUCCAGUACAGUUCUUGGCCUUGCUGAAGGGGGUUUGAUUCUAGUGGUGCUUGGAGUACCUUUAUCCAGCAGUCAUGUCGGGCUUCAAUCUGCUGCAUCUAAUAACCAAGAGUCAGCCUGUAUCUCUGAGAUCCUGCAGUCUUCCUUCAGGAGCAAGUAGAUCCACAAAGUCAUGGCCAGUGAGCUUCAUUCAAGAAGAUUUGAAGAAACGCCUAACACCAAUGCAAUACCAUGUUACACAGGAGAAAGGAACCGAGAGAGCCUUUACAGGGGAUUACACAGACAAUAAAGAUGAAGGAACCUAUAAGUGCAUUGUCUGUGGGGCCCCUCUAUUCAGCUCUCUGUCUAAAUUUGAUUCAGGAUCAGGCUGGCCAUCUUUCUCUGACGUUGUAAAGGAAGAGUCCAUCACUGUGUCAGAUGAUUUUUCAUAUGGGAUGCACAGAGUAGAGACUGCUUGCAGCCAGUGUGGAGCGCAUCUCGGCCACCUGUUCGAUGAUGGUCCAAGACCAACAGGAAAACGUUACUGCAUUAACUCAAACGCACUGGCUUUUCAACUGAAAGAUACAAACCCAACUUCCCCCAACUUUGUAGCUGAAGGUGGAGCAACCAGCACCCCGGACACUGAUGGGAAGACAGAGCUCUGAAAGAGAGAGCUAGAGAGAACACCUACUCGCAAAGGUGUAUGGAAAGUCCAGCAGUUUAAAAAAAUAGUAGGAAUUUCUAAGCUUUUGAUUUACUGAGAAAAGAGCAAAUACAGACAAUGAACCAUUAAUGUCUCAAGAAAACAAAUAUUUUAAAUGUAUUCAACUCAAUUAAAUAAAUCUUAUAACAUCAAAAGACAAACGUCAUCCAUAGGCACUUCAAAAAUGAGUAAACAUUUCAUUAUCUUUGAAAUGGUCCCUGCAGGUUAACGGAAUUUACUGAAUGUCACUAUAGAUUGUAUGUUAUUAAGAUUGUGAUGAGUACAAGACUAAAGUGCACUUGCAUAGUACAUCAGACACAAUUUUCUCAUUAACCAUGACCAUACAAAUUUGAUGGGACACACACUUAAAGUUUAAAUGACAGUGGCAUGAAUUAGAGGUUAAGGCUAAUGUCCAGGGCAGCCGAACCUGGGUAUCAGACAAAAGCCAAGAAUGUUGUUAGCUGCUAUUAGUAAAAUUGAUGCCCAUAAUUUUAGAUCAUUAGUUGUUUACUGUGCUGUCUCAAAAUAAUUAGGUUUAUGGAUUUUGUCUCAUUGAGGAGUUAUCUAUAAAUACAACUUGUUAUAUGAGAAAAAGAGCUUUGGGCUCUGAAAAUCAAAAUGUAAUAAUGGCUAUAUGGCUGAAUUUUCUAGUGUGACCAGUCCAGUCAUCACUGUUUCACAUAUGGUAGAGUAUUUGUUCAAGUAUAUUUACUAAGCCAGUCUUUAUUUAUCCUUUUUUUGGACUAUAUUAAAUUUAUAUAAUAUUAUGUUUGAUGUUAGACACCUAGAAGUUGAUUUUGCUACAAGUUCAUCACUCUAGUGUUGUGUGACAGAUGGUUUCAUAU